AAAGCGACGCGUUGCGCCUACCUGCUGUCUCCGUGCUUCAGAUGUGGAUCACUCCAGAUAUAACAGAGAAUUGAUAUUAGCUCAGCUUCGCUGAGUAACCCUCACUUAGCUAGUUAGCAGCUUAGCUUGUCGCGGAGUUAUGACGUCACACAAACCUUGCACCAGAUGCCGCAAUCGGGCUUGUCAGGCACGUCAACACGGCCGCCAUCUUGGGCCGGGGUCUCUGACCAGCGGUAGAUCAGUCGGACUCUGAGCGUCUGAAACCAAGAUGCCAGACUUUUGUUCUGCAUUCGGAUGUUCCCAUGAAAGAAACACCGAAACCAAGAAACAAGGGAUAACAUUUCACAAGUUUCCUAAAGAUAAACGGAGGAGGCAGGCCUGGGUAGACGCACUCCGGAGGAGAGACUUUGUGCCGAAGGACUGUUCAGUCGUCUGCAGCCGUCAUUUUAACCCAGAGGACUUUGACAGGACUGGACAGUCAACUCGUUUAAAGGAAGGAGUGAUACCAUCCAUCUUUAAUUUUCCUGACCGUCUUUGCAAACAGGUCCCCAGCAGACCCAGGGCGGGCAGGACGUCGCAGCAGGCAGCGGCGGGAUAUAAACCCUCACACUCACGCUCACCCUCACACUCACCCUCACGCUCACCCUCACGCUCACCAGGCCGAGGACGUGGAGGACUCAGCCUCUGUGAGAAGGCAACCUCCGACCAUCCUUACGCCUUCGACCCCGUCAAGGCUAAAGAAAAGUGGACGGAGGCUCAGCAGAAGCUGGAGGAGUUGCAGCGCAGCUUAAGAAAUGCCAGGGACAGAGAACGAAGGCAGAAAAAGACCAUGAAAUUCCUCUUAGAUACUUUGGAAGAUAAAAAAAACUGCUAACAGAUGAUGUGCAGCAGAAACUUGACUUCUACUCUGGUCGGUCGAGCUGCCCCCUUUAACACAUGCGUGUGUAAAAUCACAUGUCAUUAUGUAGAGGUUUGGAGAGGUAACUUAACCCCAAACCACUUUUAUUCUUCUGAAAAUCUGGGUAUACGGACAUUUUGGUGUUGAUGUGGAUGAUCUCAGGUCCAGGUCUGAUUAGUGCAGCGUAUGAAUUUGACAUGUUGCAUCAUACAUAUGUGUAGCCCCGCCUCUUUCACAGCUGUGGUGUCAGGUCAGUCUGCUGCUGUGGUCUGAAACUUAUUGACCUCGAUUGUGUUAAUUGUGUUAAUAAAUCACUUA